AUGUGCAAUCCGGUCAUCUACCUCUGCCACCAUCUUCCCACCGCCCUAAAUCCUACUCCAUGGUUGAGCUGUUCCACGCACCCCACCCAAUAUCGCCGCAACAGAAUCAUCCCUAAGAGCUUUGCUUGUAAACCCGCACCAGGAACCAUCGUUGUACGGCGUCCACCCGUUCACAUGUUUUGUCAGAGAUGUAGUGAUAAGUGGAGAUUAGGAGGAUUGUAUGAGAAAGAAGCUACGAAGAGCAUUGCGAGAGUGGAUAGGGCGUUGGCGGGAACAGAAUUUCAGUUGACGAAAGAAGAUAUUCAAGAGGGCUUGAGGAAGGCAGAUGAGUUGUUUGGGCGUGAAGGAUUCUAG